AUGUCUCGACGGGAGGCUCGGGAUUCGCACGGCAAGCGCUGGGAGUCCAGGUCCGAGCGAGAUCCCAGGUAACUUAUCCCGUUCUCCAAUCUUCCUGCUGAAUAGGUUGAAAUACUUUUAUGGAUUUGAAAUCCCCGAGUGAGAUUGGUUCUUCGGUGAGCUUUUUCCUUUAUUUUCGGUGGCGAGAUAUUCUGUGGGAGGGAGGGAGGAGAGCGAGGGAGAGUGAUACUUGUUUUUGGAUGUCGAUGAGCCUGUCGAUGGUGGUAGAGAAGUUAAACCCUUGGAAGCUUUUCGCAUGGGGCGGCGAGUGCCUGAGAGUCUUUAUCCGGUGGGAAAUCUAUACAGAGUUUAUAAAAUGCUGCGUUCUGGGAUUAUCAAUUCGGAAUUUGAUGUUGUGAAGUGAGGAAGACGCAUUUUAUUCUCUAUUUUUUGAAUGUUCAACUGGUUGUUGAAUGUUAAUCUAUAUAUUUUUGUUUGAUUAAUAUGUUUGUAAGCGUGAAUCAUCCUUUCUGGUUCAUCCUUUGAGCUCAUAUCAUUUGCGAGUAGCACAAUGACUCUUCCACCGGAAGAACUGGUACUUAUCUAUUCUUUUUGAGAGAAAGUCUGCUAUUGUUUUUGAGCUAUCAAGAGCUACGUUACCCAGCCUAUUCUGUCGCAGAUACCCACAUCCUUGGAUUUCACUCUAACCAUCGUCCAAAUAAACUCAGAUGGUACCAUAUGAAAAGGGUUCUUCAUCCUGUCGGAAGGGGAUCUAGAAACAUGUUCAUAAUCUCAAAAAUUGGGAACGCAGGGUGAGUGAGUUGCAUUCAUCAGAUCCAGACAGAAUGAGUAACUGCUUUCUUGAAAGAUGGAAGUUUUUUUUUUUUUUUUUCGAUUCAGGGAGUGUUCAUCUCUGUGGGGAGGGGGCCGCGGCUUAGUGUUCAUAACUUCUCAUGUUUCCAUUUUUUGGGAGCCGCAAGUAAACUGAUGUCUCCAUGCUGAUGUUCUGAUUAUUUUACCUUCAUUGAUCUUUUUCGCCCAGCCCCAAGAGAUCAAGAAGAGAUGGGAAACAUGAAACAGAGCAGUCACAUCCAGAGAACAGCUUGAAGACCAUGGAACAGGCUGAUGGUGACCAAAAGUAUCCAUCUAGGUCAAAAGACGAUGUACCAGUCGAGGCUAAUCUUCCAUCAGAAUCGAAGGGGAAGUCAGAUUUUGUGAACAAAGAAGUGAAGAAGAGUGAUAUCCCCUCCGAGGGCACCAGAAAUUCCAAUGAUGAAACAGAUGUGCCAAGAUCCCGUUUACAUUUCCAGGUAUUUGAGGCAUCACUUUGAAGCAGUAUGUCCCUUAUAUAUAUAUAUAUAUAUAUAUAUAUAUAUUUAUGUUUAUAUAUAUCAUCAUCCUGAAGCAAUGUGUUCUGGUGAAUACUUUCUGUUUCUGCUAAUGUUCGUCUUAUCUUUUACUUUUUUUAGCGCAAAUAUUCCCGUCGUUGCCAUGACAAGAAUUUUUCAUGUUCUUUCUAGUUUUCUUUUAGUUUCAGCUCCUAGUCAUAUCACCGUUGACUAUAAAAGGGACUUGUUGGUCAGUAUGCUUGCAUUCCAUGUAGUGGUGUUAACAGUUGGUCCAGAAAUCAUGUAGUCUUAUUACCGUUGACUUUCCAUAAUUGUAAUGCUAUAUUUGGUAAGUUUCUGAAGUGGCAUUCAUAAUAUUGCCUGCGUCCAUUACCCAAUCUGGCUGCUGAUUGGUGGGCUAUUAAGGAUGCAGUGAUCUUCCCAAGCUGCAUGCUUACCCCUUUUUGAUCUCGUCUCACUUUAUUUCUUUAUUUCUUUAUUUCCACCACCACUAUCGGUAGAUAACUUCAUCUGGGAGGUAAUAUCAUUAAAUAUUUACCCCAAUUCUGUACUUCAUUUCAGUUAAUGACUCGCAAGGUAUUCUUGACUGCAAUUGCUCCCAAUUAGAUAACUACAGAGUAUUUAUCUAAUUUCUGUAGGAAAAUAUGUUCUUGUCACGGGUAUAUGAAUCGUUGAAGAAAUUGUUGCUUGCACAUUUGGAGAUUUCUGCCUGUCCAUCCAUUCGGUGGGGAAGUCAGAUGAUUUCGCCCAUUGCUUGAUCUUCUCUCUGCUGAAGAAUUUUAAUGAUUUUCCACAUAAAGAUCAUGCUUUUCAUCAAAAAAAUUCUUUCUCAUAUUCCGUUGCUGAUAUUCUUGGGAUUGAUCUUUCCACGGCAAGAACCCGGAUUCUUUCUUCGAAGUUUGCUUGAAAUCUCAGGCGAUAUCUGCUUGUCAUCUCCAGCAUGGCGACCGUGGCGGGGAGGAGCACGGCGACGGCCGCGGCAUCGGUCGCAGAGCAACCGGUGAACUCUCUCGUCUUCUCCCUGUUCCUCCGAUCCUCCCGUCUCCACUGGUAUUUGCCGGCGCCUUCUGAUGCCCUCGUUUCGCAGAGAGGAGACCUCCCUGGGAUGAUCCCAAGGAGAGCUCAAGCCCCAGGUUCAGAGAUGAUAGAGCUUCGGAGUUGCAGAGGAGGGAUAGGAACCCUAACCGGCUGGACGACCGCUUCUGGAGGCAUGACAGGUACCAGGAACUCGAAGCGGGGGCAGCGCCACCGGCGAGGCGGAGACCGGCUUUCAGAGAGAGCAAAGCUCCGGCGGCGGAGCCCCUUCCGACGGCGAGGGAUGCAGCAGGUGCGGAGUUCCUGAAGUCGUCUCGCCGCGAUCGACCUGGAUAUCGCGGACGGGAGAUGCCGGAGAGGAGCGGCUUUGCCGGAGCAGAUGAUCGGAUCUGGAGAGAAGAUCGGCCCCUGCAGUGGGGAGAGAAUCGCCGGCCAAGCUAUCACCCGAGAGAGAGGUUCGGCCCCGGCGCCGGCGCCGGCGGGCGGUGGGGGCGGGAGAGGUGGAUCGACGGGCGGUACGGCGAGAGCAGCGGCCAGCCCCCCCAAUUCGGGGGCGGCUACCAGGCGGAGAGAUGGAAGCACGACCUCUUCGACGAGGGCAACCGGAGCCCGACCCCGAAGAACGAAGAAGAUGAGAUCGCGAAGGUGGAGGCCCUCCUAUCCUCUUAA